UCUGUGUCAAGAGCAGUUUAGCCUUUUGAUUGGUUAAAAAAUAUUACUGGCGGCAAAAAAUGAAAGUUAAUUUGUUUGGAUCUUGUCGAUAAUUUCAUGUGAAGUUUGUUUGUACUUUAUUUAUUUCGUGCUGUAAGAAUUUUCAUUGAGAAAUAGUUUUUUAGGAUGGAGUCGUUUUGCAACUCUCCCCAACCGGAAAUGCCUAACGUGAGGCUGAAUUUAAAUGAUGCGUUCGAAAAAGAGGAUCCUAAACAGUCUGAUAAUAUGAGCGUGUAUGCUCGUAUUCGCCCAAUGCUGCAAAGAGAAGAAGAUGCUGGCUAUAAGCAAUGUAUAGCAGCAAUAGAUGAUGUUACUGUGAGAGCUGUUUUCCCUAAGAGUUCAUUGAAAUUCAAAAAUAAUAAGGAGGAAUCUAUAGCAGAUUUUACCUAUAGUCGAGCAUUUGGACCUGAGACUGGCCAAUUUCUCUUUUUUGAGGAAACUAUCAUGAAAACAAUGCAAAACUUCAUUGAUGGCCAGAACUCCUUAGUUUUUAGCUAUGGCAUCACCAAUUCUGGUAAAACGUAUACUUUACAAGGAAAUGAAGAGAACCCAGGUGUCAUUAUCCUUGCUUUACGGCUCUUUUUUUCUGCAAUUGAGCAUCAGCUUUUAGAAAAAUUUUGUGUGAAGCCGGAUAAAUUUUCGGAUCUGAAUAGUUUAGAAGAAUCUGAUAUAAUGAAAGAGAUUUCUAUAAAAGAAGAUUUAAUGAAGUUUUAUAACCAAGAGGUGGUUAACAAGUCUGCUGAAUCUUCUAGCAUUUCAAAAUCAUUUGCUAUGAAAUUAUGCGAUUGUUUUUCUGAUAGAUAUGAGAAUCUGGGAGAUAUUGAGACAACAUUGCCCCCAGAAGAAAUGGAAGCCGCUCAAUGUGCUGCAGUUCUGAAAACGUUGAGCAAAGAAACUGCAGAUCGGCAAAGUGGAAAAUGCAACAUCUGGAUUUCUUUCAUUGAAAUCUACAAUGAAUAUAUAUAUGAUCUCCUCCAACCGAAUGUGUUUCCAAGAAAAAAACUCCAGUUGGCAGAGGAUCUGAAUGGAGAUGUAUACGUCAAAGGUGCUAAAGAAGUAUAUGUUGCUAAUGUGGAGGAGGCAUUGAAACUACUGCAUAUUGGAAGAAAAAGCUUGAGAAUCGCAUGUACAAAAUUAAAUUACCAAUCUAGUAGAAGUCAUUGCAUAUAUAUUGUGAAAGUGGUUCGUUUAAGUGAUGACUUCGAUUCAUUUCGGAUAAACAGGUUAGCUUUCUGUGACUUAGCUGGUUCAGAGCGAGCAAGCAAGUCUGAUACAUCUGGGAUGAGACUAAAAGAAGCUGGUUAUAUCAACACGUCAUUACUUGUAUUAGGAAGAUGCUUGGAACAGCUUAGACAAAAUCAAAACUCCAAAGAUAAAAAACUCAUUCCAUUUAGAGAAAGUAAGCUGACUCGACUUUUUUCUGGUCAUUUUAUGGGCAAAGGCAAUGCAGUUAUGAUCGCAAAUGCCAGUCCCUGUGAAUAUACCUUUGAUGAGACCUUGAAUGUCCUUAAAUUUUCAGCUGUUGCAAAAGAACUUAUUUUGAAUGACACUUAUAUGAAAAUGGCUUCAAGCUCCUUACAAAGUAUCUCGAGCCAGUGGUCUCAGUGCAGAGCCCAAAGUUCCAGUUUUACUCUCGAUCAAAGCUCUGACAUUGAAAAUUCUUUGCUUGAAGAUAUUCACCAAAAAGAUGAAUUAAUUGAGAAAUUGUUGGAUCUAGCAGAUUCUCUCAGAAAUAAUUUAGAGGAAGAGAAGAAAGAGAAAUUUAAUUUAGAAUAUUCUAUUCGCCAAAAAGUUUGUGAAGAGUAUUCUAAAUAUACUGAUGAACUGCUAGACAAACAAGAAAGAAGAUAUGAUAGCCUCAUGGAAGAUCUAAGAGAGCAGCAUAAGAAACGCUUAACUGAGAUCGAAAAAAUAAAGGAUGAGCAGAUUAGACAGCUUAGAGAGGAACUGGAAGCUUCAACUGAUGAAAGCUUUCAAUCGGUAGACACCAGUCUAACUUCUAACAUUCAAUGCAAGACAGAAACACCAGUUAAUGCUGAAGUUUCUGUUAAGGAUCAUCCAAAAGCAGAAGCUCUUUUAAAAUGUGAUCAUAUUCCUGAAAUAGAGAGAUUAUCUGCUGAUUUGAUUUCACUAAAAGAGGAUCUAAAUCUUGUGACCUCUGAGCGAGACUCAGCUAAGGAGGAAUUAGAACAGAUGUCUCAGCUCUUGCAAGAAUAUGAAGGAAAGUUGAUUUCAUUGAAGGAAAGUCUUAAUGUGAUAACCGCUGAGCGGGAUGAAGCAAAAGAAAAAUUAGAUCAAAUGUCUCAGCUUUUUGAAGAAUCUGAAACGAAUAAAUCAUCAACUGACGAUAAAUGUUUGCAAUUAGAGUCAAAACUACAGGAAUCAUGUAACGUUCUAGAGCAGUUUGAAAAAGAAGUUGCUUCAUUAAGAUCAGAAAUGUUUGCUGCUGAAAACAAAAUUGCUGAAGUAACUGAGGAAAAGCAAAAGCUGCAGGAAACUGUAUUUUCGCUCUCUGAAGAAUUAACUUCUUCAUCUGAACUUAUUGAAAAAAUGAAAAGUGAGAAACUCGAGAUUGAAAACAGUUUGACUACAUCAUUGGAAAGUCUUAAAGUUUCUUCAUCUGAGCUGAUUGAAAAGCUGAAAAGUGAGAAAUUAGAACUUGAAAACAAUUUGGCUUCAUCUGUGGAAGUUCUUAAAGGAACUAAUGAAAAACAUGAUGAUCUUAGUAAAAAAUUAUAUGAGGCCACUGAAACUAUUGAGCAACAGAAGGCCAAGAUAUUUGCUUUAGAAUCUGAGUGUGACGCUAACAAAAAUGAGGCUACCAAAUUGUUUGAUAAAUGCAAAACUCUUGAAGAAGAAAUAGGAUUAGUUUCUCAAAAUUUGGAGGCAUUGAAUUCUCAAAAGGAAGCUGCUGAAAAACUUAAUGAUGAUCUGGUAAAUUCAUUAAAAUCAGAUUUGGUAAGCAGUGAGGAAAAAUUUUCAAAGAUAAAAUUGAAACUAGAAGAAACUGAUGGUGUUGCAGAAACUAAAGAUGCUGCUUUUAAUCAGCUAAAAGAUGAAUACACAUGCUUGCAGCAAGAAUUGGCUGUCUUAGAAUUGGCUGCUUCACUUGGUGAGAAAUGCAAUUUGGAACUUACAGAUUUGAAACAGAAAUUGAACGAUGCACAGAAAUCACUUGAAGAACAGGAAAUCUUUGUAUCGACCUUAAAAUCUGAGAACACUAAAUUAUCAAAAGACAUCGAAACAUUGAAAAUUGAACUGGAUAGUAAAUCUGAAGAUAGUUUGAAUAGUGAAGCUGAAAUAAGUUUUGGUCCUAAAGAUAAAGAACUUGAUGAUUUCAAAAUGCAAUUGUCCGAGAAGGAAAUUGAAUGUGACACUCUGAAUAAUAAGUGCAAUUCACUUCUAUUCAAGCAACGUGAGCUGGAAGUAGAAAUAGCUGCACUCACGAAAGAUUUAGCAUCUUCAUCUGAGCUUAUCGAAAAACUGAAAAAUGAAAAACUAGAACUUGAAAGCAGAAUAGAAACAUCUGGUGAAAACCUUACAGGAGCUGAAAAGAAUUAUGAUGAUCUUAGUAAGAAAUUGAAUGAUGCUACAGAAACUAUUGAAACACAGAAGGCCAAGAUUUUUGCUUUGGAAUCUGAUCGUGAUGCUAACAAAAAUGAAGCUUGCAGUUUAUUUGAUAAAUGCAAAUCCCUCGAGGAAGAAAUAAAAUUAGUGACUAAAAAUUCAGAAACCUUAAGAUCACAAAAGGAAGCUGCCAAAAAGAUCGGUGAUGGUCUGAUAAGCUCCUUGAAAUCAGACUUGGUAAACAGUGAAAAACAAAAUUCCGAGAUAAAAUUGAAACUGGAGGAGGCUGUUGCAUUAGCUACAAGUAGAGAAACAGCAUGCAAUCAGCUAAAAGAGGAACAUACAUCCUUGCAGCAGAAAUACGCUCUCUUAGAAAAUAAACUUUCUUCACUUGAAGAUAUUCAUGGUGAGAAGUGUAAUUUGGAGUUGACAGAUUUGAAGCAGAAGUUAAGUGAUGCACAGAAGUCCUUAGAGGAACAAGAAAUAUUUAUAUCCACAUUAAAAUCUGAGUAUGCUAAAUUAACACAUGACAAUGAAACUUUAAAAAUUGAAAUGGAUCGCAAAUCAGAUGAGAGUAUACAUAGUGAAGCUGAAAUAAGUUUCGGAGCUGGAGCUAAAGAACUUGAUGAUUUAAAAAUACAAUUAUCAGAAAAAGAAAAGGAAUAUGAAACUCUUAAUAAUAAGUAUAAUGGCCUGGAAGAUAAAAUUGCUGCACUCACCAAAGAUUUGGAAUCUGCUUAUAAUGAUCGAGAAGUUUAUGAAAAAGAAAAGGCUGCUGCUACAGAAUCUUUAGAAAAUCUGAAAACAGAUUUCCAGAAUGUUUCUGCCACUUUGACGCAAAAAGAAACUGACCUAGUAAGCUUAAAGAAUGAGUGUACUCUAUACAGAGAAGAAAUUUCAGACUUAAAGAAAUCAGAGAGUGAUUUGAAAGAUAAGUCUGAAGAUUUAAUGAAUAAACUUGAUGCUGCCAAUAUAGAGCUAUCAGAUUUGAAGACAAAGCUACUGACUUUGGAAUCUGAAUUAAUUGAUAUGCAAGCUGUUGGGGAGGAAAAGAAACUGUUGGAAGAAAAAUACUCUUCUCUGAUUGAAAAUAACACACUAGAAGAGUCACAACAUAGAGUCCAGGAAAUGAAUACGGAAAAUCAAAAGCUGUUAAAACAAAGAAUCGGGAACUCAUAUGAGGAAAAACCUAAAAAGAAAACUGCAGCUACUAAAAUGAAAAUUGAAUGUGAUGACAAAGAAAAUUCAGAUAAAUCUGAAUCAUUCAAGGAUGUGAAAUUGAAGAGAAACUCUUCAACUACCUCUGAGGAAGGUCAGGAAGUAAGAAAGACAAGACGCGCUCUCAGAACUAGACAGGCGACCUCAGUUGUAACAGAAUAUGAGGAUGUAUGUAAUAUUUCUAAAGAUGACAUUGAUGAGAAGCCAAGAACUGUGUCUCGAAAAAGGAAAUCAGAUGAGGAAUUCGUCCCAGCCAAGAAAUCUCAAAAGGAAACAUCUAAACUUCGUAAAAUUCCAUCCAGACAAAUGCUAAAAGAUAAAAAAGCUCAAAAUGGCAACAUGAGCCCUGCUCAAAAAGUUGCUGCUUUUGUUGGUUCAACAAUUCAGAGAGUUGCCAAUACAGUAACUAGUAUGCCAAGUCCUCGUAUGACCAGAGGCCGAAAAAAGCUUUUCAAUACGGAAACUGCUUCAUCUCCUAAUAAAAAAAAUUGGAAAUACUGAUGGUCUACAAAUGGAUGACAUUUGAUUUUAAGAAUUUAUUUAUUCGGAAUUCGUUUUUUUUUUUAUAUUCAGAAUGCUUUUAUAUUACCUCGUUCAUUAUAUAUAUCCCUCAUUCAUAUUGAUUUUAAUAUUUAUAUAUUUGAUAAUAAAUUCCUUUUCUAGAAUUGUAUUGCUUUUUUAUGUGUUUUCUAAUUGAAUGUAAUUAACUAAUGUUAAAAGUACUUAAGCUUCUUCUCUUAUUUAUUCAUUUAUUUUUUUAUUGUGGCCAAAAAGUCUUAAAAAUAUUUAAUGUAUCAUUGAGAUUAUAGUCACUGAAGUCAAUAAAAUUUUCUGUAAUUCCUAAGUACAUAUUCUAUUGAUUAUAAAGUUAUGACAAUCAAAAAAAAAAGAAAGGAUCGUAUUGUUAUUU